AUGGGAUUUCUUAGAGGCUCUUCUUCUCCAAAUGGGGUUCGGUUCAGUUCAGUUUGGGUUCAGUGGAUCAUGGCAGUGGUAAGUACGGUGUCCUUCUCAAUUUUUGCUAAUGGGGAGAAGCGAGCCGCCUUCAUUCCUCAAAGAGGUCUCCGUCAGGGCGACCCAAUUUCACCUUACCUGUUUACUUUGGUUGCUGAUGUUCUCUCAAGAAUGAUUUCCAGGAGCACUUUUGAUAAUCGGUUUCAGGUUAGUGCAGAGCUUCUUGCUCAUAUUGGGUCCAUACCCAUCUCAUGUGAAGACCAAGCUGAUGUGGUCAUUUGGAAUUAUACUCCGAAAGGUAACUAUGAGGUUCGCAGUGGUUAUCAUGUUGCAAUUCAAGAUUCUCUCCAGUUUGACUCCAAGCUAGCGGAGUCCCCUGUUUUUUCCCCCCCGGCGAGCAUGUGGAGUUUGAUUUGGUUUCUUAACAUCCCUCUGAAAGUUCGCCACUUUUGGUGGCGUAUGUGUCAGAAUAAGUUAGCUACAAAGGAAAACCUGUUUCGCAGGAAAUGUGCUCUAUCGAGUCAAUGCCCAGCGUGUGUCUGUCCGGUUGAAUCCAUUGAACACCUUCUGUUCCACUGCCCUUGGACUAGGACUGUCUGUUUCGGUAGUGACCUUGGCAUUCGAGUUGAUAUGCAAGUUUGUAAUUAUGUUGCUGAGUGGACUUACUCUGUUAUGAAUAUGUGCUCCAACAAAUCAGAACAGCUAGAAAUCAUUGGGAAAGUGGCGAUGGUGGGUUGGUGUAUUUGGAAAUCUCGAAACGACUGGGUCUUUAACCACAAUCCCCUAAAUCCCACGGUCACUUUGUAUCAAGCCACAGCUACCUGGAGAGAGUUAUAUGUACUUAAUCACCUUGGUGCUCGACAGCUGAAUGCAGCAGUGUCCGAGCCCCCUAGCCACAGAUGGAGUCCACCAGGUCUGGGCCACUUUAAGCUUAAUUGUGAUGCCAGCUUCACUAAAGACGGGUCAAAAGCUUCCCUGGCUGCCAUUCUUCAGAAUCGGGAAGGUCAACUGGUCGAUGGUCGCACUUCUAUUGUUCAUGUAUCGUCAACCUUACAAGGAGAAGCCCAAGCGGUUCGAAUGGCUUGCGCCUUUUUUCAAACCCUCAACCUCAGCCAAAUCAGUGUGGAAGGAGAUAGCAAAACAGUCAUCGAGUUGAGUGUCUCUGAACUAGUUCCUCCAUGGGAUUGCAUGGCUAUUAUACAUGAUAUUCGCUCUACGAAGUCUCGGAACAACAUUUCUUUCUGCUGGUCACCUAGAAGCUCCAAUCGUGCGGCCCACUGGGUAGCUUCUCGCAACUUGACAGGCAUGCUUCCCCUCGACUGGGUUGCCCAUCCUCCUCCGGCGCUUAGGGCUAUCUUAUCUCUGGACUCUUUGUAA